AUUGUCAAGUACAACUAUUCAAUUUCAAAAUAUAAUUUGGGUAAUUUAUUCCAUUGCCACCGUUUCCAUUUUCUUCUUCUCCAACCCAUUCAUUAGUUGCACCAGACGCAGAUUUCCAACACAUUGCCCUACCUCCUCACCAAAAGAGACUAUGGAGGGCAAAAUAGGGCUUUUAUUUAUGAUUGUGUUGGUUUCUGCUUGGGCUUGUGAUGCAAGAGAGCUAGCAAACCCUGAAUUAAACAUAACAUCAGAUGUGUGUUCACUUUGUGAGGAAUAUACUACUAAGGCACUUAAUUAUAUAAAAGAUAACAACACUCAGGCAGAAAUCAUUGAUGGCCUUCACAAUACUUGCUAUCAGCUUCUGUCUUUCAAGAAGCAGUGCAUUGAGUUGGUGGAUUAUUAUGCUCCACUUUUCUUCUCAAAAAUAGCUCUAAUUAAGCCUGGAGAACUCUGCGAGAAGUUCAACCUUUGUGAGUCUGCAAAGGCUUCUUCACAAGUUCAAGGAAAUAGCUGUGGCCUUUGCAAAGACGCUGUUGCAGCAUUAUUGGUUGAGUUGAACGAUCCUGACACUAAGCUAGAGAUAAUGGAGAAACUACUGAAGGCAUGCAAAUCUUUGGAGAAGUAUGCAAAGGAGUGCAAGAAGAUCGUUUUCGAGUAUGGACCUUUGAUUCUAAUCAAUGCAGAGAAAUUCCUAAAGACAGCAGAUAUAUGCACCACAUUACAUGCCUGCCCUGCUUCCAUUGUUAUUAGCCAGGAAGCUACAAUCAUGGAAGAAAUACCAAUGCUUUCUGACUCUUAAUCAUGGGAAAACAACAUAGUGCUCAAGGCUUUAGUUGUACUGCUACUAUAUGUACAUUAAAAAAAUCCAUUUGAUUGUACCUAAAAAUGUCCUUGCUGAAAAAGAUCAACUGUCAUUGAUUGUCAAAGUUUGUAAUUCUGGAAUGCCAAAUUGAUAUUAUAUGUAUUUUUCCAUUGUGAAAGCGGGGAAAAUGUUUCUUUGUGAAAUUAUGAAUUUCCAAAUGCUCUAUAGAAACUGUUUUUUUGCCUCACAUGUAUGCAAAGAGAAUGUUCUUGCUCAUGUGGGGCAAACAUGUAUUUUUGUUUAUAUCCUUAAAUUAAUGGUUUAGUUGAAUUAUGUUUGCUGAGA